CAUGGAGACUCCAGGCUCUCAUUUGUCAAGUGGAGUUCGGUGCGAGAAGAGCCCAUCAGUGGCUCCAGCGGUUGCCAUGGCUGCCUUCGUGCCGACGCCCGCGCUCGCUCCGAGCACCGCGGAUCCGGUGGUGCACCCGCGCCUGCGAGCGGCGCCGCAGUUUUCCUCGGGCGGAUCGACAUGGAGCUCUGCAGCCCCCGCCGCAGCCUUCGCCUUCGCCUGCUGCCACUCGCGCCAGCAGCGCGGCAGAGCCGCCGCGCGCGCACGCGGAGGGGAGGAGGCGACAUCGACGGGCCCCACCUUGGCACCGGAGGAUCAGUGGAUCAGCUCCUUGGACUUGGAGAGCUUCGGCAAAGAGGUCCAUGAGCUCGGAGAGCGGCUGAAAGCGCAGCAGGAUCAGGAGGAUGUAAAGCACCUCCACAAGAUCCAGCUCUGGAGCCGCCUUUGCGCCGUGCUGGGGCUUGGCACCAUGUGGAUGAGUCCAAACCCGCUGCCGGUGAUCUUCCUUUGUCUAUGGACCCAUAGCGCUUGGACGAUGAUGGGCCACCACGUCUGCCACGGGGGGUACAACCGCACCGACGCCACGGGGCGGUACAGCUCACGGGGCUUCGCCCUGGGCUCUUUGUGGCGCCGCGUCCAGGACUGGUUUGACUGGAUGCUGCCGGAAGCCUGGAGCGUGGAGCACAACAACCUCCACCACUACCGCCUCAGCGAAGACGGGGAUCCGGACCUGCUGGAGCGCAACGUGCAGAACUGGAGCGAGGCGGAGAAGCAGAUCUUGCCCUUCAUGUCCAUGAUCACCUGGAAAUGGUCCUACUACGCCCCCAAUACCUACAAGGAGCUCAAGGUGGCGGAGAUGCGGAACAAGGGCAUCCCUCUCCCCGAGAACUUUGACCCUCAGAAGCCCUUGACUUUGGGGGACAUCGUCAUGGGCGACGCCAAAGGUGUUUUCUCCCUUCGGGAGCUUUUUACGCGGGUGCUUGGCCCCUUCUUCAUCUUCCGCUUUUUCCUGUUGCCUGCGCCUCUGCUUCUGAUCAACCCUGCCUUCUACCUGAACGGCGUGAUCAACAUGAUGCUGGCUGACGUCUUGUCGAAUCUGCACGGAUUCAUCGUGAUUGUGCCAAACCACGCGGGGGAGGACCUCUACCGUUUCCAGCGGUCCUGCAAGCCAAAGAGCCCCACCUUCUACCUCCGCGCCAUCACUUCCUCCGUGAACUUCGACACCGGGGGCGACCUCAACGACUUCAUGCACGGGUGGCUGAACUACCAGAUCGAGCACCACUGCUGGCCGGACCUGUCCAUGCGCAGCUACCAGAAGGCUCAGCCGGAGCUGCAGCGCAUCUGCGAGAAGCAUGGGGUGCCCUAUGUCCAGGAGAACGUCUUCGUGCGGCUGAAGAAGACCUUGGACAUCGCACGGGGGAAGGCGCACAUGCGCUGGUUCCCGGACAGCCACGAGAGGGAGGCCGAUAUGAUGGUCUGGAAGGACCAAUUGGUGAGCGCGUGACUUUUUGCGGCGGCGCGUCACGGCCGGGCAUUUGAUGGGCCGGCCCAAAGGUAGGCGCGUAAGCCGACAGUCUUGCGCUUGGCCGCCUUGGCCACAAUUUUCUCUCGAACUGCAGGCAGCGGAAGGAGUGUGGGGGCUGG